AUGAAAGCUUUUUCGUCUUCUGUAUUAGCUGCAGCCACUGCUUCAUUAUUUUUAAUAUGCACAGUAUCUGCACAAUUUGAUAAUGAAGUGUCUCUUGACUUUUUUGAUGUUGAUAUCGAAGAGUCGGAAGACAUUGGUUUUACUGAGGCAAGGAAUGGGUUCCCUCCUUGUAAUGGUUUUCCAGAAUAUAGAAAGAUACCUAUUAAUCAAGCAUUUUAUCUGGGUGCGCAUGAUGCUGGUUCAGAUGCAUUUAGUACUGCUACAUCCUGUCACUCUACUCAAUCCAAUGACGUUUCUCAGAUGCUUCAAGAUGGUAUUCGAUACUUGGAUUUUAAUUUAUGUAAAAAUCAAGAUGAUAUGACUGUUUGUUCUAGUUUUGAUGGUACACCUUCAACGACCACUUUUAAAGAUAUUUUAGAAAAGAUCUUUUUAUUUGCAAGAGAAAACGUUGAACAGUUUUUUAUUCUUAAUAUCAGAUCAGAGAAUGUUGCCGAACCUAUCAAUAUAAAAGAACUUGAGACGACGAUUGAUAAAAUUUGUAAAUUUCAUACUGAACACACUGUUGGUACAGAUGAAUUUGUUGAAAAAGAGUGCCCUUUUAUUUAUACGCAUACUCCUGGAAAGGGCCAUUGGCCAAGUAUGGGUGAACUUGUUAAUUUUGACCCUGAUAUGGCUCAAUGGGAAGGUGAUGGUGAGCUUGUAGGUGUUCGUACAAAAUUUAUGAUAACUGCUUCAAGCGAUGUUAUUUCAACACCUGGUUAUAAAUCUGCUUAUAUUACAUCCAGCUUUUGGAGAUCUUUACCAAAGGAAAAGGAAAAUUUGAAAAAGGAACUUCAAAAGGUAUGUAGAAUUCCUGCUGGUGGUAUUGGUUUAGAGCUUCAUAGCACCUCAUCCACAUGUGUUCAGGAUGAUAUUACACCUGACAUGUUAGAAGAUUUACUAUUAAGUCGUUCAGGUUGCAAUCUGAAUGACUCUCCUUUAAAUACUUUCUUUACGUUCAUUUCAAUUGAUCAUUAUGAUAAGCAUUUGCCUUAUUUACAAGAGCUUGAAAGACGUAUGAUGGAUGUUAAUUAUGCUAAAUGGAAUGGCAAUUAUGAGUUGCUAGCUCCUUCUGUCUUUACAACUAAAGAUAAAAAAGUUGCAAGAGAUGAGCUUUAA